AUGGACAAUGACCCAAUACAGAGGGAGACUAGACUUGACAACCCUCAAGUGGAUAUACCUGGAGAUGUUUCCUUCUAUAAGGAGAUAGUGGAAAGUGUAAAAAGGGAUCAUUCACUGUACUCCAUUUUUAAGAUUUGGCAGAGUGAUGACCAGAUGGAGAGAGAUCAGGAAAAUAAAGACAGACUUCUCAGGCAAGUCAUGGUCAUCAAAACUAAAAGAGUUGUUGAAGAAUCAGGUUACACAUAUAAGUUAUCAGGACAAAUAUUUCAUGACUGCACAUCUAGGUCUGACUGCACAGACCCAGGUGCUUCAAGACAAAGAUUGUAUAAAUGUGACUCAUUUGAAAAGAGCUUGAUACCUAAUAUAAACUUAUUCAGUUGUAAUAGCGGUUAUGCAAGAAAAAACAUUGUUGAGAAUUUUAGAUGUGAGAGUACACCUAUUUCUUACUAUUCUAAGCCGGAAAAAAUUCAUAUUGGAGUUAAACGCUGUGAAGAUAGUCAAUGUGAAAAGAUGAUCAGCAAUAAACAGUCUCUUUUUCAAUAUGUGAAUGUUGAAACUGGAGAGAAGACCUAUAUAUGCAUUGAAUGUGGAAAAUCUUUUCUAAAAAAGUCACAAUUCAUUAUACAUCAAAGAAUUCAUACUGGAGAGAAACCAUAUGAUUGUGGUGCAUGUGGGAAAGCCUUCAGUGAAAAGUCACAUCUCAUUGUACAUCAGAGAAUUCAUACUGGAGAGAAACCUUACGAAUGUUCUGAAUGUGGAAAAGCCUUCUUUCAAAAAUCUUCCCUCAUUACACAUCAGAGAGUUCACACUGGUGAAAAACCUUAUGAAUGUAGAGAGUGUGGGAAGGCCUUCUCCCAGAAGUCACAGCUGAUUAUACAUCAUAGAGCUCAUACUGGAGAGAAGCCAUAUGAAUGUACUGAAUGCGGGAAAGCCUUCUGCGAGAAGUCCCACCUCAUUAUACAUAAAAGAAUUCACACUGGGGAGAAACCCUACAAAUGUGCUCAAUGUGAGGAAGCCUUCAGCAGGAAGACAGAACUCAUUACCCAUCAGUUAAUUCAUACUGGGGAGAAACCUUAUGAAUGUACUGAAUGUGGGAAGACCUUCUCCCGGAAGUCACAGCUCAUCAUUCAUCAGAGAACACAUACUGGAGAAAAACCCUAUAAAUGCAGCGAAUGUGGAAAAGCCUUCUGUCAGAAAUCACAUCUCAUUGGACAUCAGAGAAUUCACACAGGAGAAAAACAUUAUAUAUGCAGUGAAUGUGGGAAAGCCUUCUCUCAGAAGUCCCACCUCCCAGGGCAUCAGCGAAUUCAUACAGGAGAGAAACCUUACAUAUGUGCUGAAUGUGGAAAGGCCUUUUCCCAGAAGUCAGACCUUGUUUUACAUCAGAGAAUUCAUACUGGAGAAAGACCCUAUCAAUGUGCUAUUUGUGGGAAAGCCUUCAUCCAGAAGUCACAGCUCACUGUCCAUCAGAGAAUUCAUACGGUGGUAAAAUCAUAA